ACUAAAAAAAUAUGCAUAAAAAGUAAAUUCAAGUUCAUUUUAAAUUGCUUAAUGUAAAGUAGGGCAAAAUUCUGGAAGGGAACAAACGCGUGGAAAAUAAAUUAAGUCGCGGAAAAUUUGAAAACGUUCGAGGGAAACCAAAGCUUUUUCUCUCAUUCAGUUUUAAUUUAAACUGAAUAUAAAGAGCUCAUAACAAAACAUCGCUCAUUUUAAUUAAUCAUACAUAAAAUGGAGGGCGAUAAAUCUACAACAAUUCUUAUGGCUCGUGAUAUCUCUAAUGAAGAAUGCGUUGUUGAUGCUAGUAUUCCGAUGGGAAAUGCAACAGAAUCCACCUCUGAUUUGGAAUCGCCUGUGCACUCGUGUGUUGAAUCAAUACUACGUAGCGAUGCUGAUGACGACGAUGAAGAUCUAAUUUUCCAGGAGGUCAAAAUGAUAUUACGUAAACGCAGAGGUUGGGGUCCGGAAGAUUCACUCAGCGCUAACGACUUGGAUUUACUUGAGUAUGACGACGAGUUGGUGGAGGAAGAUGACGCUGGCUGCCCCUUGCCCUCAACACCCGAGGAUACACAACUGAUUGAAGCUGAGAUGACCGAGGUUUUGAAAGCGGGCGUCUUAUCGGAUGAGAUCGAUUUGGGUGCAUUAGCCCACAACGCCGCCGAACAAGCAGAAGAAUUCGUGCGCAAGGUCUGGGAAGCUAGUUGGAUGGUAUGCCAUUAUAAAAAUUUACCUAAGUGGCUGCAGGACAAUGACUUUCUGCACCGCGGCCAUCGCCCACCACUGCCCUCGUUCAGUGCCUGCUUCAAAUCGAUAUUCCGUGUGCACACCGAAACCGGCAACAUCUGGACACAUUUGCUAGGCUGCGUGGCGUUCAUUGGUGUUGCUUUGUAUUUUUUGUCUCGCCCAUCCGUUGAAAUACAAAUACAAGAGAAAAUCAUAUUUGGCGCUUUCUUUGCCGGUGCCAUCAUUUGCCUGGGUUUCUCAUUCGCUUUUCACACGCUUAGCUGUCACUCGGUAGAGAUUGGAAGACUGUUUUCAAAAUUAGAUUACUGUGGAAUUGCACUCCUGAUUAUGGGCUCGUUUGUGCCCUGGUUGUAUUACGGAUUCUAUUGUCAUUACCAACCCAAAGUUAUCUAUUUAUCUGUGGUAUGCGUAUUGGGCUCGCUAUCGAUUAUUGUCUCACUGUGGGAUAAAUUCUCUGAACCUGGUCUGAGGCCACUACGCGCCGGUGUCUUCAUGAGUUUCGGCCUCUCUGGCAUCAUACCAGCUAUUCAUUAUAGUCUGAUGGAGGGUUGGUUUAGUAAAAUCAGUCAAGCUAGUUUGGGUUGGCUAAUACUGAUGGGCCUCCUUUAUAUACUUGGUGCAAUGUUAUAUGCCUUACGUGUGCCGGAGCGAUGGUUUCCGGGCAAAUUUGAUAUAUGGUUCCAAUCGCAUCAAUUGUUCCAUAUACUCGUCAUUGCGGCUGCGUUUGUGCACUAUCACGGCAUAUCCGAGAUGGCAAUGUAUCGCGUAACGGUCGGCGAAUGCACGGUACCACACGAACCAAUCACGUUCUAAGCGGAAAGCUGGUUAUUUAUGCUAAAACUUUUGGUUUAUUUAUCCAUAAUUUGUUUUGGCUGCGAAUGUUUGCAAAAAAAAUUAAAGUUUAUGAACRAAAGGCAGAAGUCGAAAGUUAAAAUUUAAA